AUGACCCACCGCGCCGACGCAUCUUCCUUCCUCGACAAUCGAGGCUACACCGGCCCGCUCAUCCGUGGCGUCAACCCGGCGACGCUCUUCGAGAAGGCGGUCCGCGACCGCAUCACCGACUCCUACUACUGGAAGGAGCAAUGCUUCGGUCUGAACGCGGCCACCCUGUGUGACCGCGCCGUCGACCUCACCUGCAUCGGCGGCGUGUACGGCGUGGCCGAGAAGCCCACCCCGUUCCUGUGUCUCGCCUUCAAGCUCCUCCAGCUCAACCCGGACCGCGACAUCAUCCUCGAGUAUUUGAACUUCACCGAUCCCGACACAGAAGAUCCCCCGACCUACAACAACCCGACCGGCAAUAACGGCGGGAACAACGACGAGAACAGCGAUGGAAGUGACGCGGUCGUCAAAGCGCGGGGCGACUUUAAAUACCUCCGCGCGCUGGCGGCGUUCUACGUGCGGCUGACGUUCCCCGCAGCGGACGUCUACAAGACCCUCGAGCCGCUCCUGCUAGAUUACCGGAAGCUGAAGCGCCGGGUGCGCGACUCGUUCACCCUGACGUACGUGGAUCAGUUCGUCGAUGAGCUGUUGACCAAGGAUCGUGUCUGUGGUACGAGUCUGUGGAAGCUGCCACCGCGGCAGCAGUUGGAGGAUUUGGAGUUGUUGGACGAGCGAGUGAGUCCGUUGCAGGCGGAGUUGGAGGAGAUGGAGAGGAGCGAUGAAGAGGACGACAAAGAGGAGGGUGAGGAGAAGGAUGAUUGA